CGAUUAUGCUUAACGAACGUGGUCAUGUAAACGCGGUAACCCGUUUUCUUUUAUCGGAGUAAGGUCAUAAACGGCUUAAGCAUAAACCGAUCGGAACAGGUAGUUUUUUGCCUCACACUCUGAUUUCGCGCGGCAUGUAAACGCAAUAACCUGCUUUCUGUCGGCUUACUGAAGUGCGCAUGAGUGUGAUACGUGACAGAAACGCAUCCUUAGUGCAGAUUUAAACGCAUCCAAACAGAGCCAGCGUUUUGCAGGAAAGAAGAAGGAAAUAUAUCACAAACGCAGACUCUUUCAAGACCCAGAAAAUUGUAAAAAAAAAAAAAAGUGUCCUCAUCUCUUGUGCAGCAGAAGUGGUUCAGUCAAAACGCUGCAUCUGAGACUGUAUGAGAGAAUAAUAUAUGAGCCGUAAGUUUCUCGCUGACAUAUUGCAAGCUUUAUUUAACAUCACAACUGACAUAACAUAUGGAAUACUCGCGAGUCAGAAACGAAAAUUAUUAUUUUUUUUGUCGUCACUACAGGGAAAUAACCUCAUAAAGUCGUGUAAACACGGUUUACUUGCGUUGUCAGUUUACUGGUUUGCAUGUAAACGGGGAAAACUGUUUUUUUCAAUAAGGUCAUAUUUGUCAGUUAUCAGCUAGGUGUGCAUGUAAACAUGCGGUCAAAGUCCAGCACAUUUUGUCUGUCUCUCAAACACACACACACCCCUGUAGAGACACAAGCUUCUCAUUUUAGCACCUCAUUUGUUUGCUUUUCUACUGCAAUAUUCAAAUUCACUUCUCCGUAUUGAAGAAGUCAAUAACUAAAGCACAAUGGUGAAAGCAUUCUUUGCAAAUGAAGAAAAUUAUGUUACAUUGCCCAUACAAUGAUAUUUCUGUAGCAUCAAGAGGUGUUCAUUUCUCAUCUUCAGUGUUUUUUCUCCAUCUUUUAUAGCCCUGUUUCACAAAUGAGAACUGUAGUAAUUUACAGAAUGUAAUUCAAACCCAUAAUCUCUCUCCUCCUUGAGUAUUCAGAUGCUUAUUAUUUUGUUGACUGAUGAUAAUUCACCGUCCUCCACCCAGUUUCUUAUCUGCACAUCCCACUCAUUCAAACUUUACUGGCUGGACACUUAAACCAAGGCCAAUCUGCUGAGGUGCUACUGAUAAGGCAAUGAAUAAUCAGAGGAUGUGGCUGAAAAAAUGUGGCCCCUCCCUAGACUGCUUCCCUUCUCGGUGAGGUUAGUAUGUGAAGACUAACCUGGAGUUGGCACGGACGACGGUUAGGCUGAGAAAAGAGCGGAAAAGUCAAUAAUUAAGCAGGUGAGGAGGAUAAAUGAUAUUCUUGCUGGAAAUGAGAGAGCUGUCAACAACAUUUUGAAGGCUGACGCAUCUAAAUCAAGGUGUAACAAUAUAACAGACAUUUGAGGAUCAUUAUGGUGACCCUGAACACUCAAUCUCUGACUGUGCCGGUCGGAAUAAUCCGGCUAUUUGAAUUUGUGCUGACACUCAUUACCUUCAGCCUGGUGGCUUCUGUGGGCCAUGUCAGCGCAGAUUCAUUUUGGACCUGGUGCAUGUUCACCUGGUGCUUCUGCUGUUUCAUGACCCUCCUCAUCAUCAUCCUGGAGCUCACGAGCCUAAACACCAAGGUGCCCAUUUCUUGGGAUGACUUCACUACGGCUUUUGCGAUGCUGUCCACGCUUAUGCUGUUGGCCGCAUCGGUCAUCUACCCCACGUUCUUCAUAUGCUCCUCAUGUUCAAUCGGGAUUGCAGCCACAGUGAUCUCCUGCGUGUGCUUCUGCCUGUACGCAGCGGAGGUGGGUCUGACCCGAGCCAAACCCGGGGAGAUCAGCGGGUUCCUGUCUACCGUGCCAGGCUUACUGAAGGUUCUGGAGGCGUUCGUGGCCUGCAUCAUCUUCAUCUGUCUGGAUUCGGUCUCCUACAGCCAUAAGCCUGGGCUGCAGUGGUGCGUGGCCGUCUACUCAAUCUGCUUCAUCGUCGCUCUCCUCAUCAUCAUCCUGACAAUCGGACGCUUGCUGGCUCGAUGCCCCUUCCCGUUGGACAAAUGUAUGACGGGGUACAACAUACUGGCGAUUCUAAUGUACAUCACGGCUGUGGUGAUAUGGCCAAUCUACAGUUUUAAGAACAAUCCAAGACCAGAAAACUGCAAAGGUUGCCCCUGGGACAGCCUGGUUGUUGUGUCCUGCAUGACUUGCAUCAAUCUGAUCGUCUACAUUGUGGAUACGGUUUACUCGGUGCGUCUGGUGUUCUUUGUUUCACCUGCCUAGGGAAACCACAAAGGUUGUAUGUAAUUGUAAUUGUGAAAUCUGUUCAUGUAAAUGUAACCGGCUUGGAUGAGAAGUACAGUUAUUAUACAGACAGUUUUAAGUGUGCAUAUACUUAUUUUUGUUAUCAUAUUAUUAGAUUAUAAUAGAUUAUAAACUGACUGACAGUUUAUUAAUAUUAAUGCAUUUUGGGGAAAAAAUGGUGAAAUAAUGGGAAUAUUUAGAAAUGCCUGAUUUAUGACAGUGCCUUUUAUCUGUAAUCUGAUUAAUGUAUAGACUGCUAUCAGUAAACUGACAAAAUAUAACAUUUUUAUUGGGCAAUA